AUGAUUCCAAUCGAGGUAGCUGCAGAUGACAAUUGCCUCUAUAACUCCAUCAUAUGCUUGAGUGGAAAUACAGCAUCAACACCUAGCGAACUGAGAGUACGAACUUUAAUUGAAUUCGUCAAGAAUGAAAUUUUCUACAACAAUCGUUUUAUGCAUAUUGUUGGGCCACUGAAUGGAGUCAUGAAAAACGUUGCCCGCAAUUUUGCAUUUUCGGAACUUUAUGAAAUUGCAGCAUUGAGCAAUGUUCUCAAAUGCAAUAUACGAAGUAUACAUCCCAUAAUUGAUUAUCGACCUCAUUUAAGCUUCAUGAAUAGUACUUUUGAAUACCCUCGGUACAGCAUUGUGUCCAAAGCAAUUUGCCUAUUUUGGGCACAUACCGAAAGCGAAACCGGUGCACGUAGAAUUAAUGCUGGUAACUGGGCCCCUAAUCAUUUUAUGCCACUUUUGCUUCCAUCAGACAAUUCUCAGAGUCAAGACCACUUAGUUCAACCGAAAAUAUCUGGCUCAGGCUCGACACCAACUAAAGCAACAACGAAAAAUAAUUCGCUUACUCAAGUACGCAUCCCUCAAUUUAAUCAGGAAGAUGAUGAAACACGAUCAUUUCAAGUGCCAUCAACAGUUAUCAUGACAACUAACGAAAUUACAACUCCUCGCACCAAGCGCCGUCUGCAAUUAGCGGAGACUUGUACUAGCGUUGAAAGUACAAUUGUCGAACAGAAACGUAUGCAAGCCCUUGAAAGAAUGACUGCUAAGAGAGCUGCAGCUACACCAGAGGAAGCUGAGAGACAACGGACACUUGCAAGGGAAAGAAGUGCAGCACAAAGAGCUGCCUUAACACCAAAAGAGGUUGAACAACAACUGGCACUUGCCGUUGACAGAAGCAUGGCUAAACGAGCUACUGCGACGCCGAUAGAAGCUGAAGAACAACGAGUACUAGCUCGCGAGAGAAGUGCCGCCAGAAGAGCGGCCCGUGUGUCAGAAGAAGCCAAGCAACAAUAA